AUGCCAGUUAAUGUGCAGGGAAGAGUGGAAAGUAUGUUAGGCAAAGAUGAAGAAAAUAGCUUUUUAACGGAACUAGAAAUCAAAACAUGUUCUAGAAUGGUUGUCCACGAUGAGAACCAAGGUGAAAAUUGCAAUGUAGGAGAAGUGGAAGCUGCAAGCUACUGGGAUAAUCUCGAUGAAGACAUUGUAUUGGUGAUAUCAAAUCAUCUUCAUGGAUCAGAUUCUAAGAAUUUUCGUUUAGUGUGUAAAGCAAAUAGAGCAAUAAUGCCUAAAGUACAAGCGACAUCAUAUUUAUCUCCAUGGCUGGUGUUCUCUAGAGACCUCAAGUACACAAUCUACAAUGUUGUAAACCCGAUGUAUAAUGAUGAAAACUAUGCCAUAAAUCUGUAUGAUCUAACAGGCUGUACAAUUUGUUUUCAGAAGGGCGGUUGGCUAUUAAUGACGCGAAAGGAAAAUUUAUUUUUCUACAAUCCCUUCACACGAGAGACGGUGAAUAUUCCAAACAUGGAUGUUGGUAAUUAUUCAGUUGUUUCUUUUUCUUCUUUGCCUACUUCUUCAGAUUGCAUAGUUUUUGCUAUGGCUCGUAGGAACGAUGGAAUCUAUAUCAAUUGCAUUAGAAAGGGAGAAGCACAUUGGAUACAUUGGAGUUUUUUUAACUUUCAUAAUACUAAUAUUGAGAGGUCGAUGCCAUUCCUUAGCACUGCAGUUUUCCACGAUGGGGAUUUCUUUUGCCUAGAUGAUCACGGAACUGUGGGACGGUUUUCAACGAAGGAUAAUAACUGGAAAGUUGUUAAGGAACCGGAUGAAGAAUUUUAUCAAGGUCACUUAGUAGAGUGUUUUGGAGCUCUUUUAUUAGUGCAAUUAGAACAUUGCGGGACGCCGGUUAAGAUUUCUAAACUCAAUUUCUCUGAGAUGGAAUGGGUCGAAGUUUGA